CAUUGGCAUUGGCAACAUGGUAUUCCAUGGACAUUGAAUUUGAAGCAGCACAAUCUGCCUCAUUCCAAUAUAUUACUUAGCCUGACGAGGGCGCCAUGGAAGCCGUUUUUGUGCGAGGGGGCCGAACUGUCUUCCCUGCAGCCAGCACGAGCUAUGGCCCAGAGCCCAGUAUAGGACACGACGGCAUUGCAGCUUGUGUCAUCACAAAGAGGCGUCAUCACAGAAGAAGCUGCCAGCAGGCGAAGGCAGACGUCCUCGCUGGAGACGGUUCAGUGGGUCUUGGUUCUAUCUUGGGCGGCAAAAGAGUCUGCAUUACAAGUAGACGAGAAUAUGCGCGGGUCUGUUGCGCAGCAAGGCGCCAGCGGAUAGCCUCCAUAGCGCCCCUGUUUGACAAUCAGCAAGCCAAGGAUAAUGCGGCGGGAGACAAGCGGGGGCAGCGGCAGGAGGAGGAAGAGGAGGAGGAGGAGGACAUGGACACACUCAAUGCGCGGCUCCCACCCCACCAUCGAAGUGGGUACGUUGCAGUGGUGGGCAAGCCGAACGCGGGCAAGAGCAGCCUGAUGAACCAGCUGGUGGGGCAGAAGGUGUCCAUCGUGAGCCAGAAGCCGCAGACGACGCGGCACCAGAUCCUGGGCAUCGUCAGCGAGGAGGAGUACCAGGUGGUGCUCUUUGACACGCCCGGCGUGAUUGCGGAGCGGCGCAACAAGCUGGAGGAGGUGAUGAUGCGCAACGUGCGCACCGCCAUGAUCAACGCCAGCGCCGUGCUGGCCAUCGUGGACGCCACGCUGGAGCCCAUCCGCAUCCUGGAGGCUGUGCACGACUCCGUGGACCGCACAGCACCACCCAGCCAGCCAGGCGGAAGCGGAGGCGAGGGUGGCGAGGUGGGGGAGGAGGAGGAGCUGCGCGCGAUGCAGCGACCCCUGCUGGUGGUGCUCAACAAGAAGGACCUGGUGCGCCCCAGGGACCUGGCGGACAAAGUCGAGUGGUACGAGCAGAACAGCGGGGCUGAUGACGUCAUUGCCGUGAGUGCCAAGUACGGGCAGGGCGUGGGCGCGGUGCGUCAGUGGAUGCUCUCCAAGAUGCCCCUCGGGCCCGCCUACUACCCCAAGGACAUUGUGAGCGAGCACCCGGAGCGCUUCUUUGUAGCGGAGAUCCUGCGCGAGAAGAUCUUCUUGCAGUACAAGCAGGAGGUACCCUAUGCCUGCCAGGUGAAUUGCGUGGACUACAAGGCGCGGCCGGCGGGCAAGGACAUGAUCUACCUCGAGAUUGUGGUCGAGAAGGACAAUCAGAAGGGCAUCCUCAUUGGCAAGGGCGGUGAGGCGUUGAAGAAGCUGGCCAUGGCGGCGCGCAAAGACAUUGAGGACUUCCUGCAGAAGGAGGUCUUCCUCGACCUGCGCGUCAGUGUGUCCGCUGGGUGGCGGGAGGAUGAGCGCCUCCUGGACAUGUACGGCUUCGAGGACAUCCGGGCGUGAGUCCUGACAGCCGACCGCGGAUCCGGAUUGGGGCUGACCACAGGGCUCCUGACACAGGCCAUGCAUCGAAAAGUGUCAAAUUCGAGGGGGAGAUUAUGCAUUGAUAGAACUGAUCAGAUGUUGCACAGGUUGUUCUGAAUGUCCUACACAACUGAGAAAAGCGAACAUCUGUGACCACGUACAGGUCCGACGGACACAAGUAGAGGGAUCUGGAUCAUAUGACCCUUUGUGCCGCGAAAAGGUGGUUGGGUAGAAUGAGGACUUAGGAAUCUGAGAUGAGCUCGACUGCUAGUUUUUAUGUAGUAAGACUAGCAGGCUUGGUGCUUGCUAGCGGACAUACAGUGUUGGGUCACGUGCUGGUGCCAGGUAGCAGUAUCCGACUAGCUGGAUGCUGGCGAGGCGGCAUGGUGCAGCAUGGCAGGAUCCUGCGCCGGUUAUGGAGAAGAAUUCAGUAUCCUGUUCACCAAUUAACUACUACAAAGAUUUUUGAAUAUAGAUUGAAUCUUUUCAAAGCCAG